AGCCAUGUUCUGUUGACAGUCUGGUGAUUGGUUCCAAGAUGAGUUCCGUCUCCGCCUUAGGUCAGGAAAAAUUCUUCUCAAGGUAUCAUUGGUAGACAUAUAAGACGCAUCGUCAUAAAUUUAUUAGAUUUGUACAAUUCAUCACAUUGAAAUGUUGUAUAAGAGUAAAUUGCAUGACCUUAACUCGGGCUGGAAACUGUGCUAUGGAGGGAGGGUGUCCACACCUCACACCGUCACUCAGGCGUUAUCGCUAGUUUUGUCAACACGCCACUGCCGCCAUCCCGCGUGCUCUCUUGCCUUCCGGGGACAGUCUCCUGCACUUUUCCUCAGUCUGUUUCAGGAAGGCGUUCCAUAAGACAACAUUCUGCCUGGGUAUUAAAGGAAAGUGUUCCAUUGUUAAGUGAACGCGAUGAACACAACAGCAGGACCAGCUGCUCCCGCUUACAUACCAGCUCAGAAAGAAAGGCGUCAGGUGUUAGGUUAACCGCAAAACCACAUUAGUAAUUGAGCUGUGAUAUUGAAAACUGCAAGUGUUGGACAUCUCAGCGCCGUGACUCAAGUGUGAGGUGGAGGAGCAGCCUUCAGGUUCCCCGUCCCUGCAUCAGAAUUAUCAUGUCCCUCGGCGGGCGGAUGAUGAUAUCCCCUGAGGCAUACCACAUGGUACCGAUCCCUUGCUUGCCUCCCCACCUCGCACAUCAGCCGCCCAUGGCCUGCCUCACCCGCCAGCCAAACACCCACACUGCCUGGGCCACCGCCACCACCACCUACGGAGGCUUCCACCCGCCUUAUCAGGGGCAUUACAACACCAUGCCGAGCCUCACUGCUCCUCACACCCUCAUGCACAAGAAGCUCACCGAUAAUUCCGCCCCAACCUCCAAGAAAUGCCCGUCCGUGCCUCUCCCGCAGCUCUCCCGCACUUCCUUCCACGUAGGCUACUACGUGCCGCCCUCCGUUGAGCCUGGCGAUCUGUACGGAGGUCUGGAGGAGGUCUGGAAUCAGCACUUUGAGUUACUUUUCCGCCACCUGCCUCACAUGUGGUCUUUCGGUCCCGCCGAGACGCCGCCCUCUGACUGGCACGUCUUCAAGGACAUGGCCAAGGUCCGGUUCUCCUGCCAGCGGUGUGCACACGGGUGGACCAGCAUGUACGGCCUGGUAGUGUUCUACUAUUGCUGGGACGCCGCCUCCAACCAGGGUUUGGUUCGCUUCCUCCUCACCGGACAGAAGUGUAACCAGUGUGACGUGGAGGAGUUCGAGACGCCCAUGUGGUACCCCGAGGAGGCGCAGAAGGUGAUGACGAACCUGUACCAUGAGGUGGCGGGCCGCAUCUACAAGCUUCAGACACCCCCUCUCAUCAAGGACCGUCGCCAUGGUCGGCCUCGCCAGCAGCACAACACCACCAUGUGCGAGGCGUGCCGUCAGGGCCUCUGUAAGACCACCAAGACCUCGCCAGGUCUCACAGUCACGCAGACAUGACCGAGGCCACUGGCGGGAGUACAUAAUGUAGCGCGAAGGCUCAGUAAUUGUUAGUUUCUUCAUUCGAUUUUGUGCUGCUCGUCAAUAUUGAAUCGUUCUGCGUGUGAAUAUGUAAGCUUAGUUGGAUUGGGUAGUGUUAAUAUUAAUUAUAGUAGUAUUAGUAUUAGUACUUUUAUUAUUAUUACUAUUUGUAGUAGUAGUAGUAGUAGUAGUAGUAGUAGUAGUAGUAGCAGCAGCAGCAGCAGCAGCAGCAGCAGCAGCAGCAGCAGCAGCAGCAGCAGCAGCAGCAGUAGUAGUAGUAGUAGUAGUAGUAGUAGUUGUUGUUGUAGCAAUAGUAUUUUAUCAUAAUCGUCAUCGUAUAUCUCUGAGUGUACUUUCCCACUUUGCCGUACACACACUCCCAUAGCAGUUAGUGACGAGCAAGUGGUGACGUGGUGGCAUGGAGGGAGAAGACGUGAGGCCGAGUAUUAUUGUAGCCACAACGAUUGAGUGUAAACUGUUUAGGUUGGCCUUGAUAUGUGGCAACUGCUGACGCGCGCACACACGCACACACACACACACACACACACACACACACAAACAUCGCCUACAUUAUCAUUCCCCAGUGCAUUCUUCAUCAUGUUAUUUUAUGCUAUGUAUAUUAUCCGGAAAUUUGUUUGUUUAACUUGGAUAAUUUUUCAUGCUUAGCUGAAGUGUUUCGUGAACAAAUCAAUCCUGCGGUCAUUCCUGAUCUACUUAUCAAAAGGCUAAUUACUGUAAAGAAAUGCAAAUAUG